AUGGCAGUCAUUUCACCGAUCCUAGACAACCCUCUGAGGGCUCUUGGUGUUCUUAUCGCAGCAUACCUCAUCUACAGCGUGGGAAAGUACACCUACCGGCUGUGGUUCCAUCCACUUGCAGGCUAUCCAGGACCUCUGCUUGCUCGCGUCUCUUCUUUCUGGGCUACAUCACAUGCUCGCAAGCUACGAAGAGCUCAUGCCAUCCGAGAAGCCCAUGAACAGUACGGGACAGUGGUGCGAGUGGGUCCCAACGAGCUGUCAUUCUCCUCGCCAGCAGCGCUGAAGGACAUCUACGGACACGGCCAGGGGUUGCCCAAAGCCGAUUUCUACAAGGCGGGCAAGUUUACGACGGAAGAUAGCGUGUUCAGCGUCCGUGACAGAGGCCAGCACGCCGGUAGGAGAUCGCUGAUGGCAAAAACCUAUUCGCAGGGAAGCAUAUGGGGCUAUGCUCCUCUUAUGUCGGAGAAGAUAGUCCAGGCGCUAGACCAGCUCGCCAUCAGGUCCCAAGGAGGAACACAAGCUGUCAAUGUCUAUCCGUGGUUUCACUUUCUGGCCUUGGACGUCGUGUUCCACUUCACAUUGAACCACGAAAGCGGAACACUAAGGACAGGCGAAGAGCAUCCCAUCAUCCGGGAGCUCGAAGCAUUUCAAGCAGCAUUCGCAUGGACGGCAUUGCUGCCACCAAUACGGUCCAUUGGACGAUUUCUUCCCUGGGCAACCGUCCGAGAACCUUUCACUCUCUUGCACAAUUGGAUCGAGUUCUGUGUCGAAAUCGUGCGACGAGAGCGCGGGAACGAUAAGCGCGCUGCUGUGAUGACCAGCCUGACCGAGAAGCCCGACACGUGGUUACGACGCAAAUUGACCGAUGUGGAAGUCGCGGAAGAACUUCUGGCCAUCAUGUUCGCCGGUAGUGGGACGUCAGCCAAUACCAUAGUCUUCCUGAUUUGGUCCGUCGUGCGCGACAAGGACAUUUACAACAAGCUCAAGGCAGAACUUCGAGGAGUGGCUCCCGACCCUAAAGAUGUCCCAGAUAUCACGGCGGCGAACAAAUUCCCAUACACCAACGCAGUGAUCAUGGAGGCUUUGAGAAGGUUCCCAACAAUUCCAGGCAGCCAGCCCCGGAUCGCGAUUGACGAUGAUCUUGUGGUGGACGGGCACAAGAUCCCCAGAGGAACGGUUGUGGGAGUUCAAAACUACUCCAUUCACCGAGAUCCCGGCAUAUUCCCAGAUCCAGAACGAUUCAUUCCGGACAGAUGGCUAGGUAGUGACACUUCAAAACAGCGUGCUGCCUUCAACGGCUUUGGAACCGGUCCUCGAGCUUGUAUCGGACGCAAUCUUGCUAUGAUGGAACUUCAGCUCGUGGUGCCCUCGUUCUUUCGGCGUUUCGACGUCGAGAUGGCACCCAGCACGACCGAUGCCGACAUGGUCAUGACUGACGGGUUUAGUGGAGGCCCAGCUGGAAAGAGCUUGAACCUGUACUUGAAGGAGAGCAGGUAA